CUUCACCCUUUCUUUUGCUAGUUGUGAUUUAUGGAAGGAUGUUGAUUUCUCACAUUACAUGUUCGAUGUUUUACCUCUAAGGCAUUAUACUUUAAUCAAGAACGGAAGAUGAUGGCUCUUGUUCUGUCGUUUUCUGGCAACUCCUUUGUCGGAUGUCAAACUAGUGCCUGCAAAAAUUUUAGUGAUGUUUACCCUACAUUUUACCUAAAGGUUUUAACUUAUUAUUUGACGAUUCCAAUUUACCGCUCUAAUUAAGUACUCAGAAACAUUUCAUUGUGGACGAUUUUUGAAUCAAUGCCAACGAGGCAGUACAGAAGAAUGAGUGGGUGUCUAGAUUUUUGUGGGAAAGCAAAGGAUAAGUUUGAACUGAGUGUCCUUCCUUUUGCCUCAAUGGCUCGAUGCAGAGGCUCAAUUUCUCUACAAGAACCAAGAUCAAUCCGUUCUUCCACAUUAAGGACAUCCGAGAGGCAUGCCCUUCAUUCGCUUGCAGUAGCUGAAAAAUUUGGCAACAAAAUCCUUGAGAAUGAUGUGGUAUCUUGGACCUCGAUGAUAUCGAUGAAGGCACAACAGGGGUUCAUCGACCUGGCAUUAUCUUACUUUUCAUGGAUGAGGAGACUUGGGAUUGAGCCCAAUGAGACAACAUUUUCUACAACAAUUGGAGUAUGUUGCCAAUUGAGGAGGAUUGAUAGUGGAAUGAGCCUGCACUGUUUGAUUUUGAAGAAAGGGUUCUUGACACAACUAUUUGUUGCCAGUGGUUUGGUCACCAUUUAUUCUAAAUGUGGUUAUGUUGAAGAAGCACGCCAGAUAUUUGAUAAGAUGCUCUACAAGGAUGCAGUUGCAUGGAACUCUAUGAUUGCUGCAUACGCGCAGAAUUUCUUAAAUUGGGAAGCCAUUUGUUUGUUCUGCUUUAUGCUACAAAGCAGAAAUGAUGGGAAACUGUUGGUUAAUAAUUUUACAUUUGCCAGCGUUUUCAGGGCUUGUGCUGGUCUGGGAUGCAAUAGAAUGGGCAAAUCAAUGCAUGGCUGUGCAAUUAAAUUGGGGUUUAGUUCAGAUAUUUUUGUUGGCGGAUCCAUAAUUGAUAUGUAUUCAAAGUGUGGUAAUUUAGAUAUGAGCCAGUGUGUCUUUAAUCAGAUGGGAAAACGAGAUCUUGUAGCUUGGAACACUAUGAUUACUGCUUACUCUCAAAAUUAUAAUGGAGAAGAGGCUAUUGCAUUAUUUUAUCAGCUGCAAUCGGAAGGCUUUCUUCCUAAUGAGACAACAUUUUCUUGUGUUCUCAAAGCUUCAGCUACGAUGUCAGACAUUGCCAUUGGCAGAUGCUUCCAUGCUAAAACACUGAAGUGUGGUUAUUCAUCAGAUGUGUUUGUGGGGACUGCACUUGUUGAUAUGUAUUCAAAAUACUUUGCUAUGGAAGAUGCUGAGAAAGUAUUUGGUGUCAUGUCAAGGAGUGUUGUAUCCUUUAAUGCACUAAUCACAGGUUACAGUCUGUCUGGGAGGUAUGAGGAAGCCUUAAGAGCUUAUGUGGGCUUGUGUACUGAAAACAUGAGACCUGACUUGUUUACUUUCACAGGACUAUUCUCCUCAUGCUCUGUAUUGGGUGCUUUGCAUGAAGGAGCUCAAGUUCAUGCUCACUCAAUCAAGUUUGGUCUGGAUUCACAUGUCACUGUUGGGAACUCUCUAAUGAACUUCUAUGCUAAAUGUGGCCUUAUGGACAGUGCAUUAAAGGCUUUCGAAUUUAUAACGAAACCAAAUUCCAUAUCCUGGGCGGGAAUGAUCUCGGGCUUUGCACAAAAUGGUGAGGGAGAGAAGGCGUUUGAGUAUUUCUGCAAAAUGCACAGGUCAUCAGAAGAACCAGAUGAAUUUGCCAUCUCAAGCAUUCUUGCAACACUUGCCAACUGGGCUGCCAUUGAACAAGGAAGGCACUUGCAUGGCUACAUGAUAAAGACAGGGCUUGAGUCCACUGUGUUAGUAGGUACUGCACUGGUUGACAUGUACUCUAAAAGUGGGAUGGCUGAAGAUUCAUUUAAGGUGUUCUCUGAGAUGCCUGAGAAGAAUGUAGUCUCUUGGAAUUCAAUGAUAAUUGGAUAUGCUCAAAAUGGGUUCAGUGACAAGGCUCUUCUUCUGUUCCAAGAAAUGAUGGAUGCCGGUGUGAUCCCAACAUGCGUUACCUUUGUUGGGGUUCUCUCUGCUUGUAGUCAUGCAGGUUUAAUUGAAGAGGGAAGAAACUAUUACAACAUGAUGGUUUAUGACUAUGGAAUUCUGCCCUCAGUAGAACACUGCACGUGUAUGGUCGACCUCCUUGGACGUGCAGGAUAUCUCAAUGAGGCAGAAACAUUUCUUCACAAAUCUCCAUUCCCACAAGAACCUGGGAUGUGGAGGACCCUCCUUGCAGCUUGCGGAGUUCACAAAAACUCUGAUGUUGGUGUUAGAGCUUCACAGCACUGCUUGUGGUUAGAGCCUCAAGAUUCUGCCGCAUAUGUUAUCUUAUCUAAUAUUUAUGCAUCCAAACAGUUAUGGUGUGAGGUCACUAGAAUAAGGGAUAUGAUGAAGGAUAUGGGCGUGGAGAAGGAGCCAGGAUGCAGCUGGAUCGAGGUCAGGAACCUAGUGCAUGUAUUUGUCGCAAAUGACAGGUCAUGCUUUCUGGAUGAGGUUUUUGAGACACUAAAAAGUUUGUUCAUGCACUCGAAAGUGAAUGGUUAUGAUCUUGACCUUGGGUGAUACUAUAUUCUUUGUGGAUCUUUCAGCCUUUCGCAUGAUCAACUAUGUUCGCGUGAAUGCUUUUGUCCUAUUGAUCAGUAAGAGGUAG